AUGGAGGUUAUGGGGAUGAAGGCCAUCAGAUAUGAAAGGGUCAUGUGGAUUAAGAUCACUGGAGUCCCAAUUCUUGCAUGGGAUGAGUCCAAUUUUUCUUCCAUUGCUGGUUUUUUUGGAAAAGUUCUGGUGAAUACUUUCUCCUUUUGGAAUAACAACGAUAUUUCCAUGGUGAAGGUGUGCAUCCUCUCAGCAUUUCAGGAAAAAAUCAACGAUGAACUGGUUGUAAAUCUCGACGGGGUUGUCUAUAGGGUAGGGGUGUUUGAAAUUGAAGAUGAAUGGACCCCCUUCAAACCGUUCUGGAUGGCAGAUGUUUCUAAAUAA